AUGGUGAAGCAGAGGAGAGGAGCCCCAGCCGUACUCUGUACCAUUUCCCAGCUGAACUCCCCCUGUUCGGUCGGGCCCAACCGAACUGGGAGUCCAGCCGAAAUGGUACAUUUCGGGCUGGUCGCGCGCGCCGCCACCGCUCCAAGAACCGUAUCGCGAAUCCGAGCCCCGCCAUCACUGCCAAUCCCUUUCUACUCAUCCGGCAUUCAGACGGUGUAUUAA